CGGCGGAAUAAGUACGUUUGAGACACGAACACAUGUGAUCACACCGCAGGCGGGGAUUCAAGUUAUCAAUACAGCUGUUUGUGGAUGGAUUUCGCUGAUCAGCAUCGUACUAUCACACAUAAUUUAAGUUUGGUUUCGCUCCUUCAGAGGUGAGCCAGGUUGCAGUGACAUGGUAAUAUUUUUUGAAUGGCACCGGAUGGCUUUGGACCAGAGGAGAAGCAGCAGUUUGCCAAUGACUGGUGAAGACACUGGUUUGGGGGCUUUGGCCUCACCACUGGCGGGGUAUUUGGGAAAAGUUCAGGAAAGAGCUUCUUCACAGGAGUAUUGUCCCUGGUGCACCUCAAAGGGCCUGACCUACGCUCUGCGCUCUUACCACAUCAAUCUCCAGGAGUCAAUCACCCUCUGCACAAACCCACAGUGCCUCUUCCCUUUGGUCAGCCGGCCCUUGGAGGAUGUCUUGGCUAACUUGGUUCCUGUGGAGCCUGCUGUUGGAAACAAAAGAAAAAAUGCCGUUGCAUUGGAAAAUGAAGAGGUGAUUAAACCCUCACCCAAACGUCUGCGACCAAGUGAACCUGACAGCCCUGUGGCAAAAAAUGCCACUGACACACAUCUCAGCCAAGGAGAGCCUGGUGCUGUAAACGGCCAACAUAAAGCAACCAAGACAGACAGCGGGAAGGUAAAUGGAUACCACAGUGAUUGUCCAGUUGCAGAGACAGCAGGAUGGGAUUCACCACAAGAUGAAGAUGUUCAGGAAGGGAAAUCAGAGGAGGCUGCCUGUACCGAAAGUCUUGCUUCUCCUGCAGCCUCAGUUGGACACCUGCAGCUAUCUUCAGAAGCUUCGUUGACCACUGAGGAAGAGCCAGCGUGCUCUCCUCAUCAUGGUACAUCAGAGGCAGAGAAAGACUUGAGGCAGAUGACGAGUACUCCUGUGGAGAACAAGCUCUGCUGUCUGGACUCCAAUCAGUCUGGCUUCCCAAAUGUGGACAUUCAUUCAACUGAAAUGCCAUCGCCUCAGCAGAACGAGCAGACACACAUCACCACAUGUACGGACAUAUUAGGCGUUAAAUCAGAAUAUUUGUACUCUACCUCAAUAACGGAGUCAGAGGAGCUUGUAUCUGUUCUCGGUCAGCCUUUCUGGAGGAACAGCGACAGCCUGUGUUGGCUGGACGCUCUGCUUGUUGCUUUAGUGAACUGUAAGAGCUUAAAAACAAGUACACCUAAAGAAGAACCUCAGCACUCAGCUGUGUGGCAGCUGAUUAAAGGAUAUGAAGACGCUCUCGCCGUCAUUGAAGUCCACCAGCAGACAGGCAGGGACGGUGUUGUGAAGGUGCCAAAACACGUGCUGGAAAAGACCCAUUCAGAUCUACAGAGUCUCAGGAUGUCACUCUUCAAACUACUGCAGCCAAAGCUACGCUGCAAACUGGGUCAGAGGGAAACUCCCGUGUUUGCCAUGCCGCUUCUGCUCACGAUGGACUCUUGGGCGGAGCCUCUCUUUCAGUCGACAUUUGAUUGGGAGUUCAAGUGCAGCGAAUGCAAAGCGUCCACGAAAGAAAGGUUGACGAAAACUCUCCCCUCUUUAACAAACCUUGUGCCUGAUUGGCAUCCACUUCAUGCAGUGCACUUGGCCCCGUGCAAUGUGUGCCGCAAGAAGAAACAGAGCCGGACUUUGAUGCUGGAGAGAGUACCUCCAGUAUUUGCACUGCACUUUGUUGAGGGUCUUCCCAAAAAUGACAUCUCAAUCUACACCUUCAACUUCAAGGGGAAACGCUACUCAGUCACUACAGUCAUACAGUACAACAAUCAACUGAAGCACUUUGUCACCUGGAUUUGUCAGUCUGAUGGGUUCUGGCUGGAAUUUGACGACUUGAAACAUCCUGAUUGUAAGACUCAUCAAAAGCUGCCGGUUCCUGCUCGGGAGAUGCAUAUAGUCUUCUGGGAGGAGGAAGGGGAUAAAGAACCUCGUGCCUGUUCUCCCUCCAGCACAUUUGCAAAAUCUCCCCCAUCCAAAUAUGGGAUGAACAGGACUGAAUCCGACUUAAUAGCAGAUGAACAUUUGGCUUGCACUCCGGAUCAGUCUCUUUUCAUCUCGCACAAUGACACUGACAUUGUCUGUGCGCUCUCUGACGACAGCAGUAACGUCAUAGACACAACAGUUAUAGCUGGUGUUGAUACAUCGAUCGGUUCCACAACACUGCUCGACACCUUUGAGGGCCUCACACACAAUGACAUAAUCACUCUCACGCUGGUGGAAUUAAAAGCAGAUUCAGAAAUGCAGCCUCUGAAUGACGAUGAACAAACUCAGGAUCCCUGUGUUCCCAGUACGAAUGAAGCACCGGAUAGCUCCUCUGUUGUAUUCGCUAGUGAAACCUCUCACAGCGGUGAUGUUGAUUUCCCCGUCACCUCCAACUCAUCUGGACCUGAAUCUGACGAUGGAUCAUCCAGUGAUCCCACAUUUGUGCCCAGUGCCCGGAGAGGACAAGGGACAGGCAAAGGCAAACCAGUCAACAAACAAAAAGGAAAAAUGUCAGCCAGUACAAAAGCAGCUCCACCUGUUUCACCACCUGUGUCUUCGGAGGCCUCAGAAGAAAACAAACCUGUGGAUGCUGCUGCUCAGGAUAACACACCACCUGUCAAAAAGACACAGCAAGUGUCCCCUGUGUCAUCUACUGAUACCUCAACACUGUCCACCAGUCCCACGACGCAGCCUUCACUGGGUCAGAAUGCACGCUGGUCCUUCCUGCUCAGCAAACACCCACUAAAUCAUGUUCAAAAGUCCAUUGCUAAACUCGCCCCAACGCCCCCACCCACACUCACUGCAGUCACAAAAUUGAAGCCCACUCCUCCCACUCACUCGACCCCCAAUCCAGUGAGAAGACAGCAGACACCUGCAGUACUCUUCCCUAAACCGCAGCUCAGGACAGAGGACAGUGAGAGUCUCCCGCUGAAAGCUGCAGAAAUGUACGGUGCAUUCAGAUCAAAGACCUCAAGCACCCCAACCCCGCUCCCAUCACCCACACUUCUUAAUGGCAAGGCAAAGCUUCUUCAACCCAUCACUUCUGACCGCCAGAAACCACUAACAAACACUACAGCAAUGUCCAGUGUAUCACUUCCUGCUCUUGGAGUCAAGAGAGUUGUUGAAAUAUCCUCCACAAAGAAACAAAAAAACCACACCUUAAAGCUUCCUCCAGGUCUCAGCGAAACCGAAAUCCUCAGGUACAAGCUGAUGAAGAAAUUAAAGGCAAAGAAGAAGAAGCUUGCUAAGCUGGAUGCACUGUUGGGUCAUCAGGGGGGAACCAGCCGACCAGACAGCACUGAUCUGACCUCUCCUAACACCGUCAGCUCCAGCACCUACGAUGGCUCUAACUGCGACGAGAUCCUAUCAGACUUGCUCUCACCUGCGACAACAGCCAGCAACCUGUCACCAGACAGCACCGGCUACCUAGAGAUGCUCGCCAACGGGCAAGAUGGAGUCGAACGCCCGCACUGUGGGGUUUAUACUGCUGUCGAAGUGCCACAGAUGAACACCAUAACGAAUGCACCCAACACUGAAAACUUCCUGGAUGAGUUUCUCACGCGGGCUGAGAUGCAGACAGAGGCACUCGAUGAAUUUGAACUUUUCUUUUAAGCGAUGGGGAUGGAUGUUGGCUGCAACCUCCAAACACAGAUGAUAUUAACCAUCCUUUUUUUGGGGGGGAAAUUAUGCAAAAUUGAGGAGUCUUUACCAAUAAACACCUCAUCUGUAAGGCAAGCAUGUUGUGUAUAAAGAGGUUAAUGAAGUUUGAAAGCAUGUCAACCAUGUCGGAAACUGUUGAACCAUGGCUGAAAUUUGUAAACCGCAAACUGUUUUUUUUCUGCAACUUCGGCACUUUAUGUGUAUACUGUUUGCAACUGACAUAUAUACAGUCAAAGCUGUUAUUUUGUCACUUUGCUUGAACAUCCUCAUGGAAUAAUUUUUUGUAAUUAUUUAAUAAAUACUUUAGAUGGCUAACAUUUGUUGUACAAAUGUGAGUGAUGGAUUUGAAACUCAGCUGUAAGAAAGUGUGUGUGCGUUUUUGUUCACUUCAACAAGCUUCUCAGUAGGGGAAUAAAAUAUUUAUAUAUUUAAAGUCACUGUAUUAUUGUAUGUCAUACAAAUACUGAGUUAUUUAUGUGGCACAUUCUAA